CAGCUAAGCAGGCAUCGUUCCCGCUUGAGAUAUCUGGGAAUGCUUCUAGUGCCGUAUUCUUUGGCUCUUGUAGCUCCAUCAGUUAUCUACAGAGAUAUCUUCAGAACCAAAAGUCCUUCGCUAUACCGCGGAGCCUCCAACAAGCUAUGGAGUGGUCUGAUGGUGCUUUCGAGGAGCCGGUACCAACUGAUACCGUUCGCCCUUCCGUUUCUGUCGCAGUCAGUCUUUUUCGCCUAUAUGCACGUUCUGUGAACAUUUUCUUCCCAAUUCUGGAAGCUUCUGUGCUCGAUCGGAUGAUUUCUCAGUAUUCCGAAAAUAAUGGAGAAGGACUUGUUGGUCGCUCUCGUGAGCUUUUCUAUUUGAUACUUGCUGUCGCUACUCUCAUCUGUAAGCGAAAUGAACCGACGCUCGCGACGAAUGCGAACUCGCAUUUCCUCAAAGCAAUAUCGAUAAUGAGUACAGAUUGCGACCAUUCUUCUAUGUCGGAGAACAUUACACUAUUGCAGAGAACCCUUCUGAUAUGCGUUUAUCUUCUUCUUAGUCCCGAAUCUGGGGAUAUAUGGAGGCACCUAGGCUUUGCCAUCCGACAUUUCCUUGAUUUGUCUCAUGGCAGGUUGAGGGAGGAAGAUGAAUUAUAUCAGGUCUUUUGCAAAUUGAGCCGAACAAUUUACUGCUUAGAAAGCCAAGUAUCGAUUGCGUUUGGACGCCCAAGUCUGAUGAUUAUUGGCGAUGAACUUCGGCAGGUGAGUAAUACGAGCUACACUGGAAAACUUGACUGAUUGUACUGGCUUCAGGAGCUCACAAGGCCAGAAAUGGAA